AUGGCGUCGAAGCCGCCGCAGCCGACUGCUCCCAGCAGAGGAGGGUCAAAGUACGUGCAGAUGCAAUCGGAGCCUUCGCCGUCGGUCACCUCGUCGCUGCUGCCGCACCACCAGCAGACGAGCUCCGAGUUGACUCGGAUUUUCGAUGAGCUGCCUAAGGCUACCAUCAUCCAUGUCUCCCGUCCUGACGCCAGCGAUAUCAGCCCCUUGCUCCUCACCUACACCAUUGAAUUCAAAUACAAACAGUUCAAGUGGCAACUAGUCAAGAAAGCUCCUCAAGUGUUUUAUUUACAUUUUACAUUAAAGAAGCGCUUAUUUAUUGAGGAGAUAACUGAGAAGCAAGAGCAGGUUAAAGAAUUACUUCAAAACUUGGGAUUAGGAGAGAACAUACCUCACACACCAACCAUGCAUGAAGAUGAUGACCCAGAUGAUGAGUCUCUCCCAAUGCGUACUGACGAAAGUGUCAGAAACAGAGAUGUUCCUUCUAGUGCUGCUCUGCCAAUAAUUCGCCCCACACUUGGAAGGCAACAUUCUAUGUCAGACACAGCAAAAGUUGCCAUGCAAGGGUAUUUAAAUCAUUUUCUUGGGAAUAUGGAUAUUGUCAAUUCUCCUGAGGUUUGCAAGUUUUUGGAGGUUUCGAAAUUAUCUUUUUCUCCAGAAUAUGGUCCUAAGCUUAAAGAAGACUAUCUUAUGGUGAAACAUUUGCCCAAGAUACAAUUUGAUGGUGAUAAAAGAAGAUGUUGUUCAUGUGACUGGCUCAGUUGUUGUAAAGACAUUUGGCAGAGGGUAUGGGCUGUGCUGAAGCCUGGAUUCUUGGCUUUUCUUAGAGAUCCUUUUGACAAUGUGCCUUUGGAUAUUGUUGUUUUUGACGUUCUACCAGUGUCAGAUGGAGAAGGUCAAGUAUCAUUAACAAAAGAAAUAAAUGAAGGAAAACCAUUACGCCAUUAUUUCAGGGUGUCUUCUGGAACUCGUAGCGUAAAACUAAGAGUAAAGAGUGAUGCUAAAGUUAAAGAUUGGGUUGCUGCAAUUAAUGAUGCUGGGUUUAGACCACGUGAAGGUUGGUGUCAUCCUCAUCGUUUUGGUUCUUUUGCUCCUCCUCGUGGGUUUACAGAAGAUGGCAGCCAGGCUCAGUGGUUUGUAGAUGGUCGAGCAGCAUUUGAAGCCAUUGCUCUGGCGAUUGAGGAAGCAAAAUCAGAGAUAUUUAUAUGUGGCUGGUGGCUUUGCCCAGAGCUGUAUCUGCGACGCCCUUUUCAGAGUCAUUUAUCUUCUCGACUUGAUUUGUUAAUGGAAGCAAAGGCCAAACAAGGUGUUCAGAUUCAUAUUCUGCUUUACAAGGAGGUUGCUCUUGCUUUAAAAAUCAACAGUGUGUACAGCAAGAAGAAGCUUUUAGGCAUACACAAAAAUAUCAGAGUACUUCGUUAUCCUGAUCAUUUUUCUAGUGGUGUCUAUUUAUGGUCUCAUCACGAAAAAAUUGUGAUCGUUGACCAUCAGAUUUGUUUUAUUGGGGGACUAGAUCUUUGCUUUGGUCGGUAUGACUCUUUAGAACAUAAAGUUGGUGAUUGCCCUCCUAUUACUUGGCCCGGAAAAGACUACUACAAUCCCAGGGAGUCUGAACCAAAUUCAUGGGAAGAUACUAUGAAGGAUGAAUUGGAUAGGAGAAAAUAUCCACGCAUGCCAUGGCAUGACGUCCAUUGCGCCCUUUGGGGACCACCUUGCCGUGAUGUUGCUCGACAUUUUGUUCAGCGCUGGAACUAUGCUAAGAGGAAUAAAGCCCCAAAUGAGCAAGCAAUUCCACUACUCAUGCCUCAGCACCACAUGGUUAUUCCUCAUUACAUGGGAAAAUUCAGCGAGAAACACACUGCAAAUAAAGAUGUUAGUAUUGCUCAUGACAUUGAGAGACAAGAACAAGAGUCAUUUUCAUGCAGGUCGUCUUUCCAAGAUAUUCCCUUGCUUAUUCCCCAAGAAGCUGAUAGGAUGGAUAUCAAUGGUGAAUCAAAACUGAGUGGGUUCAGUACAGGACAUGAUUUUCAUAAACAGCCAAGCAAAAAAAUUAGAUCUCUUUCUCUCCGAAGGGGUAAAAUGGAACCUUUAGUACCAGACAUGCCUAUGAAAGGAUUUGCAAAUGGAGUUGAUGCGUUAGAUCUUCAGCAGGAUUUGUCUUCCAAUUUGAUGCACCGUGGCAUCAAAUCCUUAGAUAGAGAAUUGUGGGAAACACAAGAUCAAGACGAUCAAGUUGGUUUGUUGGAUGAAGCUGGGGAAGUUGGACCAUGUGUUCCAUGUCACUGUCAGGUUAUAAGGAGUGUCAGUCAAUGGUCUGCUGGAACAAGCCGAAUUGAAGGAAGCAUACACAAUGCUUACUGCUCUCUAAUUGAGAAGGCAGAACACUUUGUUUAUAUAGAGAAUCAGUUUUUCAUUUCAGGUCUUACUGGAGAUGACAUUAUACAGAAUCGUGUGUUAGAUGCAUUGUAUAAGCGAAUCAUGAGAGCUUAUAAUGAGAAGAAUUGUUUCAGGGUUAUUGUUAUCAUACCUCUCCUUCCUGGAUUUCAGGGUGGUUUGGAUGAUAGUGGUGCUGCAGCUGUCAGAGCUAUCAUGCAUUGGCAAUAUCGGACAAUAUGCAGAGGACAUAGUUCAAUAUUGCAGAAUCUUCAUGAUCGGAUUGGCCCUAGAGUGAAUGAUUAUAUAUCAUUCUAUGGUCUCAGGGCCUACGGUAGACUGUUUGAUGGUGGUCCUUUGGUAUCUAGCCAGAUUUAUGUGCACAGCAAGAUCAUGAUAAUUGAUGACUCUACAACCUUGAUUGGAUCGGCAAAUAUAAAUGACCGGAGCUUGCUUGGAUCAAGAGACUCUGAGAUUGGUCUAAUCAUUGAGGACAAAGAAUUUGUGGAUUCAUAUAUGGGAGGCAAACCAUGGAAGGCUGGGAAAUUUACAUCAAGUCUUCGGCUCUCACUAUGGUCUGAGCAUCUUUGUCUAAAUGCUGAGGAGGUUGGUAAAAUUAACGAUCCAGUGAUUGAUUCGACAUACAAGGAUAUAUGGAUGGCAACUGCAAAGACAAAUACCAUGAUUUUCCAAGAUGUUUUCUCCUGCUUACCAAAUGAUCUUAUACAUUCUAGGUCUGCUCUUCGACACUGCACAGCGCAAUUGAAAGGCAAAAUCAGUCAUGGUACCAUAGACUUAGGAGUAGCUCCAGGUAAGCUAGAGCCUCAGCAAGAUAGAGACGCGAAGGGAACAAAUCCCAUGGAACGGUUAGAGUCUGUGAAGGGCCAUCUCGUUUGUUUCCCAUUGGAUUUCAUGUCCAAAGAAGACUUGAGGCCUGUUUUCAAUGAAAGCGAGUACUACGCUUCACCUCAGGUUUUCCAUUAGGCGCAAUUCUGUAGGGCCAGAUCAAAGAGGUUUGUCAAUUGUCACAUGCUAUGGUUCUUGUCCUUGCAUGCAUAAACAUAAAGGAGAAUGGACCAUCUCACAUCAAGACACACAUCUCCUACGCUGCCUCCUUGUCUCAUUCGAGAUUAGAUACAUACCGAAGAGAUGGGUUCUGGAUUUGGGAAGCUCUGAAUUUCUGCAAUGCUUUCAGUGAACAAAAGGGAAUGCAGACAGAACCAGAUAAUGGACUGUCUUCUGCAAAGGAAAAUCAUCUUUCAUAGUUCAUACACAUGGAUUGUAUACCUAAGUGUUUGCAGAUUGUAGAUUGCAGACUGUAGAUUGCUUGUUUCAAUA